GCUAUGUAUCGGAAAUAUAUAUAUUAAGAUAGCAAGAAUGAUUGAGAGCGAUUGUCAUUUUUGACGGGGAGGUCGUCGUUGAAUAAUCUAUCGUUCUACAACAAUGUGCGGUGUGUUUUAUAAUUUAUACAAACAGAAAGUGACAUUAUUACAUCUCCCUGUAAAUGACAUGAUAUCUUAUGAGGGGAAUACAUUUGAGGUAGUACCUAUCAGCGAAGAAACGACCAUUGGAAAGAAGGAAUCUAUCAUCUUUGCUGAACAGUUUGUCCAAGAUGUUUGUGACUUUAGUUCCCAGUAUGGCAGCAAUAUUAGCAUAUCUUACACUGGUUAUAAUAUAGCUGGUAAACCCAGCAAAUUUCCAGACUAUGGAGAUUUUCCACAGGCAUUUGUCAUGAGAACUUAUGGACCAUGGUGGGACAGAGCACCUUCUAGACUGAUGGAUUAUAUGCCACAGAAUAACGAAGAUACUGUGAGUCAAGAUUACAUCGUUGUCGAAUAUAACCACGAAGUAUAUCCAAUCAGAGUUUCUGUGUAUGAAACAUAUAAUCCUGGGAGUGUGAUUGCAAUCUGGGCACAAGACUGUCAUGGCCAGUGGUUUCAGUUAUGGAAUGGACCACCUCAGAUUGUCCCUCACAAACCGCGGAUAUUCUCUCCGCGGUUACAGUUGUGUAAUUUUAAGACCAAAACGUUAAGACUGGAGUUCAACCAUAGCCUAUUAGACUACUACACAGAGCUAGACGCUGUGUUGCUUAUUGGUACUACCGAAUUGAUCAUACCCAAUGAUCGGCAGCACAAUCAGAAUUUAAGUAACCUAUUGCAAGAACUGAGUUGUAUUGAUUCGCACAAUGAGGAUAUUCACAAUUUAACACCGGAUUAUUCGAACGCGAAUCAGGAUUUGGCCAUCCUCAAGAAAACGUUGCAUACUCAUUGUACAAUAUACAAAAGUAAAAUAAUAGAGAAUUUUUCCAAGAGCAAGCUAAUAUCUAAGUUAGGACAGCAUUACCGCUGCAUACCGCCUGUUGAGGAAGCAUUCAACAGCUUGCAACAAUUUUUGCAAGAAGAAUUCCCGAAGCUUAUAAAGGACAUUUAUCUUUCUUCGUCAUCCUCUUUGUACGGAUCGAAGUUAUCAUCUAAUAAAAGUUCAUCGUCAGCUCUGAGCAAGUCCAAGGAACCACCAUGCGGCAGUUUCUCUGCGCUUCCUGACGAGACGGUGCUGAAAAUAUUGAAAAAUUUAGACCUGAAAUCACUGUGUCGCUUAUGCAGAGUGAACAAACAUUUUAACAAUAUAGCGCGGGAUGCUCUGCUUUACACAUGUUUGAACUUGAAGCCAUACUGGCACUGCCUCGACACGCAAGCAUUGAACAAUUUGGCACCUAGAUGUCAAUAUCUGCGACAAUUGGACCUCUCAUGGUGCGGUAACUACAACAUGUUCAAGUAUCAAAAUAUCGUGAGCUUUCUCAACUCAUGCGGUAGUCUCUUGACGCACUUACGGUUAAAUUGCUGCCAUAUCGUUAACGAUAUCGUUAUUUACGAAGUAUCAAAGAUAUGUAAGAACUUGAAAGAAUUAUGUUUGCGUAAUUGCGAGGAGAUAACGAGCAAGGGUUUCUCAAGACUCGAGAACCUGGAGUUCCUCGAGCGUUUGGAGCUCUACGGAACGACUAUAGAAACUGCGACACUGUGCUCGAUACUGCGAAGGAACCCUCGGAUGCGUCAUUUGAACGUAGCGGGAAUGCACGACCGUUUAAACGUGGAUGAGGUCGCGGUGGAGUUGGGAAACUCGUGCCCGUACUUAGAGAGUGUGGAUUUUUGGAAGGCUCAGACUUUUACGCCGCAUGGUCUUCGUGCUCUCGCUCGUUGCAAGAAUCUACGGGAGGUGGAUUUUGGUUGGUGCGGUGGUAUGGGCGCUCCUGGAGAUUCUUUGCGCGCACUGUUAUCUUCCUGCCAACACUUGGAAAAAGUCUUUCUAGCCGCUCUUCGAGGACUUACGGAUCGCGAUUUGGAACCGUUGCUGCUAUGCCAACAUCUGCAACAACUAGACUUAUUGGGUGCUCGAUCUCUAACGCCAGAUAUAUGUUAUGGUUUCUUAUUGUGUUGCCCUAAACUGGAGAUGAUCGACCUGAGUUUCUGCGAAAGCAUCAGUGAUUCCAAGAUCCAGGAAUGGCGGCAACAAUAUCCGCACGUAUCCGUCAAAAGAAGCUUUCAAGCGAUUAAGCCGAUUUAAACAUAGACAAAUUAUAAAGUCAGCACAAUGGAACAAUUUUAAGGAUCAAAUUCAAAUGCGUAAGAUUAAAAUAUGAUACCAUAAUAAGAUUUGUACUGUAAUUAGAAUAACAAAUUUGCCUCUUGAUAUACAUUGAUUGUAUCGUGUGAUAUAUUAUGUAAUAGCGUUGUAUUAAUAGGUACACCAAAAAAAUAAACUU